UUAAGAUAUGACGUAUUUACCGUAACCCCGGAAGUACACUUUACACAGGUUAUCGUACAGCAGAGAAAGAAAGGUAGGACCAAUUUUAUCCAGCUAAAACCUGAAAUCAACGAUGUUUGGAUCAUCUGCUAAAGGCACUUUUGAUCGAAAUAUUGAUAAAGCCACAAGUCAGCUCUUGUUGGAGCCUGAUUGGGAGGCAACACUCCAGAUUUGUGAUGCCAUCAGACAGAAGGAUGUCACUCCCAAGUAUGCCUUGGGCAACAUCAGGAAGAAGUUGUAUGACAAGAAUCCAAGGGUCACUCUCUAUGCUCUCCAGGUGUUGGAGUCAUGUGUGAAGAAUUGUGGAACAGGGAUUCAUGAAGAGAUUGCGACCCCUCAGUUUAUGGAUGACAUGAAGGAACUUGUUUUGUCGAGCAACGAAGCCGUGAAAGGCAAGACCAUGGAACUGAUUCAGGCCUGGGCCCAGGCCUUCAGGAACGAGCCCAGUCUCAAGAUAGUCUGUGAUACCUUCAGCCAGCUCAAAGGAGAGGGAAAUUCAUUCCCUCAGCUGAAAGAGAGUGAUGCCAUGUUUGUGGCUGAAAAGGCUCCAGACUGGGCAGAAGGAGAGAGGUGUUUCACCUGUAGGACUGAGUUUGGUCUGGUACAGAGACAGCAUCACUGUCGUCACUGUGGCCAAGUCUUCUGUGGUAAGUGCUCCUCCAAGAACUCCACCAUUCCCAAGUUUGGCAUCGAGAAACCUGUCAGGGUCUGUGACAACUGCCACGAAAAGCUCCAGGGCAAGUCGAGUUCCACCAAGUCACCAAGCUCAGGUGGAAACAAGGAGAGUGACCUUCCAGACGAGUACCUGAACAGUCCCCUGGCCCAGCAAUCUCAGAUGCCACCACAGCGCAAUGAAGCGGAUCUUCAGGAGGAAGAGGAGCUCCAGUUAGCCAUGGCUCUCUCCCUUGAUGAAGCAGAAAAUAAACAUAUUAUCAAAGGAGGCAAGAGCCCUGCUUCAAGUACCACUUCACCCUCUGUCCCUAGCUCUGCUUACAGCUCUAGCGUCUCAUCUGCUCCAGCACCAGAACCUGAGCUGGAUCCAGAGCUUGCCCGCUACCUGAAUCGAUCAUACUGGGAGCAGAAGCAGCAGGAGAACCGCAGUGCCAUGCCAUCAGCUCCAUCUGGAGGAGGCGACAUUGUCCCGGCAACAGCCCCGCCCUUGUCCCAGUCCACCUCCUCUCUGCCCCAGUAUUCCCAGAGCAAGACAUUUGAGGAGGCACAGAACGGUGCCGCAGAGCCGGAGAUUGAGGAACUGGUCUGCAACAUGUCAAGCAGCAUUGACGUACUGGUGAACCGCAUGAAGAGCGACUCAUCUCGCGGCCGGAGCAUCGCAAGCGACACCACAGUGCAGGGUCUGUUCCAGGUGUUGGCCAGCAUGCAUCCAAGGCUGCUCAAGUUACUGCAGGAGAAGGAGGAGAAAAGAACUCAAAUGGAGGCUCUGCAAGAUAAACUGGCUCAGAUCCGAGAUGCUCGUGAGGCUCUGGAUGCCCUCCGUGAGGAACAUCGGGAGAAGCUAAGACGAGAGGCAGAGGAGGCAGAGCGACUCCGCCAGAUGCAGAUGGCCCACAAGCUGGAGAUCAUGAGACGCAAGAAACAGGAGAUGCUGCAGUUCCAACAGCAACAAGCCCUGCUGAAGAUGCAGGAGCAGGAGAGAGAGAGACAGGUUUGGCUGGAGCAACAGAAACAACAGCAACAGAUGAGGCAAAUACAAUACACAGCCUAUGGCAUGGGUGGCAUGAAUCAGCCUGGUAUGAUGACUCAAGGUGUUAUGGCGCCCCCACCAGGUGGAAUGCAACAUGCUCCUCCUGGCCAGUAUGUACAGCAACCACAGUAUGGGUCCCCCUCCCAUGCCCCCUAUGGGAUGGCCCCACCCCAGGGGAGUUACCCCAGUGGUCCACCCUCUACCACCCAGAUGGAUGCCGGCCAGCCAACCACCCAGGUGGGUUACAACCAGCCUCCAUCAGGCUACCAGGUACCGCUCCAGCAACAACACCAUCAACCUCCACCACCACAGCAACAACCUCCACCACCACAGCAACAACAACUGCCACCCCAACAGCAGCAGCAACAGUACCAGCAACCGAUGCCUGGUGGUGGAGGAUAUCCUCCUGGGCAAUAUGGUGCACCUUCCCAGCAACAACAGCAGCAGCAACAGCCGCAACAGCCUGGUAGCAUGAAUCAAAGCUAUGGGUCACCACUCUCCUCGCUUGAAUAUCAGCAACAGCAGCAGCCGCCGCCGCCUCCACAACAACAGCAGCAACAAGGAGGCAACCCCUACAACAUGCAAGCUGUGACCGGUGCUCUACCACAAGGCCAGGUAACACCACAAGGGCAAUACGGCUCACCAGCACCGCAGCAACAGUAUCAACCACAGGGACAACAGCAGAUGAUGGGUGCAGGUGGCAUGCAGAUGGUACCACCUGGUAUGCAACAACAGCAACCACCCCCUGGCAUGCAACAGCAACAGCCACCUCCUCCUCAGCAACAAGAGGGCACACUGAUUUCCUUCGAAUAAAAAAAAAAAUCUUAUCAAUUUGUAUGUUGAUGAGCAUGUUCAUUCACUGAUAUCCCCAAGAGGUAUUGUACCUGCAUAUCAAAACAUAAAUAUCCAAUAUUAAUUUACACUUUGUUUACUUUUCUCUUUUUUUUCUUCUCUCUUUUAACAAACUGCCACUCCCAUAAUUAAAUGGUGUACCUACUCUUUACCUACGAAUACACAUGGAUCAAAAUUUUCAAUCAUGAGCAUGUUUGUAUUUACAUAUAUGACGCAGUUUCUUUGGAGAAAAAAGUAAUUUAAGGAUUACACAUUAAGUAGUAUUCUAAAAAUCUUGUUGUCCUAAUGCUUAGUGGUCAUGUAGAGGGUACUAUAUGUUUUUGUAAUCAAUCAGUAAAAACGCUGUAAAUUCUAACAUAUCAUGGUGAAUGAAUAACAUUGCUGAGUUUAUUUGCUCAAGUUUUACAGGGAUGGGGAUCUGUAAGUAGCAUCCUUGUAUGUAUAAAUGGAACAAACUUUUGUGAAGCAUUACCCUUGCAAGGGAAAAGAAAAGCACUGGUGUUGUUGGAAGGAAUGCAUGUUUAUACCAUAUAUCUAGUGAAUGUUUGAAUGUAGUACAAAAUUUAUUUUAUAGUGCUUGAAUACAUCAGGGCUCAUAGGGAUGACAAGUAUUUGGAUUUCUGAUCGAAUUCAACCUACCGCCAAAACAAUGUUAGAUAGUAGAGGGCUUCCUUUCUCCCACACUUUGCAGGAUCCAUCUGGAAAGAGGAUGAGACAAGGUUUCUUCAUGCUUCCAUAGACAAUAUACAGCAGUGUCAACAAAGUCCUGAUUUUACCAAAAUAUUGUUCUGGUUUCAUGAAGUCCCCCAAUGAUUUCAUAAGAUCUAUGUGGGCAAGAUCAUAAUCUGUAGCUUAUAUUUUAUUGGCUAUUAAACUAUCGUUUGUCUUAGACUUUCCCGUUUUUGACCCAUGGUAUUUGUAUGGGAUCCUGAAAUGCCUUUACCACAUAAACCCAUGGCCAAUGCUGCCCUCUAUGGCUGAAUACUGUAUUGACGAAAGUGAAAAUGUGUAACUCCAUGAAUCUGUUUUCUCCAUUUCUCUGUAUGUUUAAUCUUCUUCAGAAAAGAAUCCUUUAAAAAAAUGGUUUUUAGUAAAGUGAGGUUACUGGUAUAAAGUUAAAUUGGUUUAAACAUAGUUGCAUUUUAUUUUGAUAGGGAGUGUCAUGAACAUUUGGAGAAUUCCAUGUCAUGAGAGUUUGAAUCCAGCAUAAUUAUCUUCCUUUUUUGGCUGUAUAGCCUUUCAUUUAGUAGUGAAAAUUAAAUAAUCAUAUAUAUAUACAAGUAAUGCGAAAGUAAAGGAUGAAAAGUUGAGAUCAUGUCUCAAUGUUGACUGUGGGAUUAUUCAAGAAUUUUAUAGGAAGAAAAUAUACCAAGAUACAGUGUAUAAAUAAUAGUCAUUGUUUUAACUUUCAUUAUAUGUAUAUUUUAAGUCAAUUAAUAAACGUACUAGUCAACCAGAACAACAUGGCAGUUCAUUUACUAUAUCAAGUCAUAGUGUAAUAAUGUUACCAAUCCAUAGUUACUCAAAUCUGGACUUUCUGAGUCACAUGGAUUAUGAAAAUAAAUGUGAUUACAACAUUUUCUGUGAACUAAUGUAUUCUAAAUGCAUGUGGGGAUUAACUUGCAAUAUUAUCGUGUCAAUGGCUUGUGAAGAUGAGUAAUUAAAUAAAUAUGAGUCUUAGAAGGCAUUAAUUAUUCAAA